AUGGCAGACGCUGUCGCACACUACGUGCGGAUUCCGACGGAGUGCAGGGUAUCCAAGGCGGAAAACACAUCUCUGUUAGCCCCUAUUACGGAGGACGAUAUACUGGUGGCCGUCCGGGGACUUAGUCGUCGCAAAGCGGGAGGAGAAGACGGUCUCAACAAUGAUUUCUACGCGGAUUAUGCAGACGUGAUAGCUCCCAAACUGGCUCAAACAUGUAAUAGCUUAUUACAAGGGGCCCCACCACCGGCAUCCUUUCUGAAAGCGGUGGUAGGACCGCUGCGAAAAAAAGGAGAUUCCUCCAACGCGUUAGACUACCGACCUAUCUUACUUCUCCAGUCCAGCUACAAGAUAUUUGCGAAGAUUCUUGCCACCCGGCUCCAAUCAUUCCUGGGGAAGCUCAUCGGGGAUACGCAGCAAGGGUUUGUCCACGGACGGCAAAUGGACCGUUCUGUGGCGAUGAUGCUAGCAGUACUUGAGACAGUUUACCGAGACCAACAGGGACUUCCCGGAGAUACCCCAGGGAUCUUAUUACUCGAUUUCGCGAAGGAAUACGAUACUGUUGACCGGGUGUAUCAGUUCGAAGUGCUUCGACACUUCGGAUUUGACUUACGAUUUGUGGAUCUGAUGUAG